AUGGUUGAUUAUUAUAAAAAUAUGCAAAUCUUUGUCAAGACCUUGACUGGUAAGACCAUCACCCUUGAUGUUGAGUCAUCAGACACCAUCGACAACGUAAAAGCUAAGAUCCAAGAUAAAGAAGGGAUCCCACCAGAUCAGCAAAGACUCAUCUUCGCAGGAAAGCAACUUGAAGACGGAAGAACUUUGGCUGACUACAACAUUCAAAAGGAAUCAACCCUCCACUUGGUUCUCAGACUCAGAGGUGGCAUGCAAAUCUUCGUCAAAACUUUGACUGGAAAGACCAUCACCCUCGAUGUUGAAUCAUCAGACACCAUCGACAACGUCAAAGCUAAGAUCCAAGAUAAGGAAGGUAUUCCACCAGAUCAGCAAAGACUCAUUUUCGCUGGAAAACAACUUGAAGAUGGAAGAACUUUGGCUGACUACAACAUUCAAAAGGAAUCAACUCUUCACUUGGUACUCAGACUUAGAGGUGGUAUGCAAAUCUUCGUCAAAACUUUAACUGGAAAGACCAUCACCCUCGAUGUCGAAUCUUCAGACACCAUCGACAACGUCAAAGCUAAGAUCCAAGACAAGGAAGGUAUCCCACCAGAUCAGCAAAGACUCAUUUUCGCAGGAAAGCAACUUGAAGACGGAAGAACUUUGGCUGACUACAACAUUCAAAAGGAAUCAACUCUUCACUUGGUCCUUAAUCCUCUUAGUUACCAGCAGAUAAUUUUUACAUGCAAAAUGCUCUAUUUUUUAUAUAUAUGAAGCUAAAAAUAUAUUUUGUGUCGCAAUCUAUCUGGAAAGUUAGACUCAGAGGUGGCAUGCAAAUCUUCGUCAAAACUUUGACUGGAAAGACCAUCACCCUCGAUGUUGAAUCAUCUGAUACCAUUGACAACGUCAAAGCCAAAAUCCAAGACAAGGAAGGCAUCCCUCCAGAUCAGCAAAGACUCAUUUUCGCAGGAAAACAACUUGAAGAUGGUAGAACCUUAUUCUAUUUCCCAUGAAUGUUUUUUAAAUAUUAAAUUUAAACUAUAAAUGCGCAUAUGUAUAUAAAUUGGUAUAGCUGACUACAACAUUCAAAAAGAAUCAACUCUUCACUUGGUACUCAGACUUAGAGGUGGCAUGCAAAUCUUCGUCAAGACCUUGACUGGUAAGACCAUCACCCUCGACGUUGAAUCAUCAGACACCAUUGAUAACGUUAAGGCUAAAAUCCAAGAUAAGGAAGGUAUUCCACCAGAUCAGCAAAGACUCAUUUUCGCAGGAAAGCAACUAGAAGACGGAAGAACUUUGGCUGACUACAACAUUCAAAAGGAAUCAACCCUCCACUUGGUGCUUCGUCUCCGUGGUGGCCAAUAA